CACGUCCCACCAAUAAACUCCUUGCCAGGCCACCCGCCAAGAACCCUAAAUUUCAGGCCUCCACAUGGCCACUUUAAGGUUAGAAUUAAGGAUAAUAACGACGCCUUGGAACUUUUUUUUUUUUUUUUACGCCUGAACCUUCACACAAACCAGUCGGUUCUGUCCCCAUGGCCUCCGAGUCACAACGCCAGCUCUUACGGCCGACUGAAUCGAAUCCGUUCUCGGAUCCUGCCCCUCUCUCCCCUCAACAGUCGUGGGAUCCACUCGGUUUUAGCCAGCAGACGGAAGAUACAGCGUAUCACCCAGUGCAUGAUGACUCCGGUGUGCUGGAACCCCAGCCCAGAGAGACGGGACUGGGGAUCAGCCAUGCCGAGACGAUGCCGAGGGUGAGGAAGCGCACGUCGCAGGAGAGCUCCAAUGCGGCGACUAGUCCGGGGCUGUUGACGCCCUCCCCGUGGGGUCUUCCGAGUCCGGGACCAAGUCCGAGUGCGAGUGCGAGUACCAAAGAUAGCGCGUUUCGACCCGUGAAAUGUCCGAGUCGGGCGCCCAUCUUGCAUCGCCGGCUGUCGUGGGUCUCUGUUACUAUUCUGCUUCUGGCGCUGUACGCGACGGUCUUUUCGGGUAUUUAUCUCGUCAUUGGAUUGUUGAAGCCGAGGUGGGAGAGCCGAAUUGGCGAUGGGGGGUUGGCGCCGUCGACGGCGAAUCUGCUGAGUGCGUUGUUCGCCAAGACGAUUGAACUGUCGUAUGUCACUGUCUGUGUGGCCUUUCUGGGCCAGGUGCUCAGUCGGCGCGCGUUGAUGCAGGGCUCGCGCGGAAUUAGCCUGUCGGAUAUGAGUAUGCGGACGUGGAUCAUGCAGCCGGGAUCGCUGAUUACCCACUGGGAGAAUGUCAAGUAUUCCGGGUUGUCGUUUCUCGGGAUGAUUACCUUGACAGCGACACUGGUGGCCAUGUUGUAUACCACCGCGGCCGAAGCUUUAGUCUCGCCGAAGCUGCUGAUGGGACCGGUGAAAUCAACCACGCUGCAGGGUAAUGUGGCCGCCAGUUUUGCGAAUACGUUGUAUCUGGCCUCGCACUGUGACACGCCGGUCACUGUUGCGAUGGACCCGGUCAAUCGCAACAUCACCUGUCUGGAAAUGGAGCAUGUCGGCCACGCCUAUCACAACUACCAGCAGUGGAUUACCGAAUGGAGUGACCGGGUUAACAAUGGCAAUGGGACGUCGACAGACCAGGCUGCGCGCCCGAGAUCAACAGGGUCCAUCUACGAUAAUACCACCGUCACCGGCAGCUGGAUCGACAUUGCCGAUAUGACAGCGCUCUCAUCGCAACACGGUCGACUGGUCAACAAUGUCACCAUGGCCAUGCCACACGGCGGGGUUUUCUCCGCAGCCAAAGACCCCAUCAACCGCAUCCGACAGCCCCAUGAAGCAUCCGGCCAAGGCAAAUACAGCCUCGAAGCAUCGGUCCCCUCGCCCGCCGUGAAUGUGCUCUGCGUGGGCAUGACCAAGGAGGAACUCUCGCCGUUGAUCUACACCGAGUGGCCCAAUACCUCGUACCCGUUCAGCCCGACCAACUGGAGUGUUACACCCCCGCCGGAUAUCCCACGGUAUCCGUCGUGGCUAAACCAGACCGUCGUCGACGAUCUGUUCGGCUUUGGCGAGAAGUAUGGUCAACGACCGCCGGUGUUUGGCAAGUAUCCGAAGCCGUACAACAGCAUCACCAACACGACGGGGUUGUGGCCCACCGACGCCAUCUACCUGCUCGGGGCAUCGCCGGAUUUCAUCACCGACCCGCCGUAUGUGCUGUGUUCGCUCAAGGCGAAGCAGACGGGCGUCUGUUCGACGCGCUACGAAGCAGCCUCCAGCGGGGCCUCGCUCUACAGCCACUGUGAAGACGCCGCCAACGACCUCCAAUACAACCGAACGAACAAGGAAGUCACCGAAGGCGUGUGGGAGCCCGACUGGAAGAAUGUCGCUUCGGGCUGGGCCAACGCCCUCAGUCUAGGUUCCGGAAUCGCCGACGGCCAAGCCAGCAACGACCGGCUCCUGAUGCAAUUCGUUCCCGGCUUCGACAACACCAGCCAUACUUUCGCGCUGAACCGCACCCUCCCUUCCAUCAGUGAAGCUCUCGCCGUGAUGGCCGGGAGCACCCUCAUCCUUAGCUCGCAGCACAGCCCCCUCGUCCACUUCUGGAACUAUACCGAGCACAUCCUCUCUCCGCCCACGCGGCAAUCCUUCUCUGCCUCCGUCCAAGCCGUGGGGUAUGCUUCGGGGGGCACCGAGAAAUGGCAGGGUGUCUUUUACGUCAUCCUCGUCUUUGCCUUUAUCACCAGCGCCAUCUGUUUCGUCUUUCUGAUGCUCGAAGUCCGCGGCAAGCAAGUGACGGAUUUCACAGAGCCGCCAAAUCUCUUCGCACUCGCCAUGAACAGUUCUUCUUCAGCACGGUUGCAGGGCGCGUGCGGCGGAGGACCGGAAGGAAGACAGCUGAAAGAGAAGUGGUUUGUAGGGAUGGAAGAGGAAGACGAGCAUUAUUAUAUGAAGGCCAAAGCGGAGGAGAGCCAGCCGAAUGUGUAUCAUCAGGGGGGGCGCGAGUCACUGGAGAUGGAGGAUAUUCAGCUGAAGCCGGUGAGUCCGGCCGUCGAUGACUUUCGGCGAGUGUCGCAGGGGAACAGUUUCUUCUCCAAGCUAUAUUGAUCUGGCCGUGAGUGAUCGGCGUGAUAUUCGAUAGAGACGGUGGGUACGGAUCUACAUGAUAGACUCUGAAGAUCAUAGAUCUCCGGUACAGUAAUAGUGAAUGUAUAUAUGAUUAAUAUAUUAAUUACUCUCACUGCGUCUCCAUCUCCACCGGACGCUGCACAUAUGGGGGCGACGGCGGUUUUGUCAACGGUGCGGCUCCAUAGUAGGCCGGCUGCUGCACCGGAUAAGUCGGGUAUGGCCGUGGUAGAUCGAUUCUAAACCUGUGAAGGACAGCAGAGAUUCUGUGGUCGCAUGAACGC